AUGCAGAUACUUAUUAUUUAUUUUCUUGUUUUUUUAUGUUUUACGCCAUGUCUAUUAUCAAUUAGUAUUAGUCCUUGUGCAAAGUGGAAUACAACUGGUCUGACAAUUGCUGGAAAUGGUGUACAAGGUAUAGGUGCUAAUCAACUUAAUUAUCCUCAAGGUAUUUUUAUUCAUGACAAAAUUAAACGAUUGUAUGUAUCUGAUACAAUGAAUAACAGAAUUCAAGUAUUUCCAUUAGAUCGAUCAACCCAAACAGGUUUGACAGUAGUAUCUAGCGUAAAAACUUAUUACAAAAUCUAUGUCGAUGACGAUAACGAUGACUUUCCGACUAUUUAUGCUGCAGAUAAUAGCGACAAUCGUGUUGAAAAAUGGACAAAAGGAGCCACGAAUGGUGUACAAGUAGGCAGUCGUUGCCUUAGCUGUACAGGAGUAUGGUUAGAUAAAGAUAAAAAUAUUUACAUGUCAGACCACGAUAGACAUUGUAUACUUAAAUGGUCCCCUUUAACGAACAUUACAACAACAGUUGCUGGUGAAUUAGGCGUAAAUGGACCAAGCGCUAAUCAACUCAAUCAACCUCAAGGUAUAUUUGUUGAUAAAACUACUAGUGCAUUGUAUAUAGCCGAUCUAUUAAAUCAUCGCGUGCAAAAAUGGCCAAAAAAUGCUUUAGAAGGUGUUACUGUAGCUGGUUCAAGUGAUGGUAAUGCCGGUUCUGAUAAUGCGUCAUUACAUAGACCAUAUGGUUUACGUGUUGAUGAAGAAACAAAAAUAGUCUAUGUGGUUGAUUUGAUGAACAAUAGAAUUCAGCGUUGGAAACAUGGUGAAACUGAAGGUGAUACUAUCGUUGGUGGUUAUGGUGAAGGUAACGAAAAUAAUCAAUUUCAUCAUCCAACCGAUUUGGCAUUUGAUGAUGAUGGCAAUCUAUAUGUAAGUGAUGCCUGGAAUCAUCGUGUUCAAUUUUUUGCUCUGACCGAUAACCGACCAUGUCAAGCAACGUUGACAACAACUGUGAAAACAUCAACAGGCUUAGUGAAUUCUUCAAUGUACAAAUCACCAAUAGCUUUGGCUAUAGUGUUCAGUAUAACUUGGAUUAUAAUGAAACUAUUGUGA